AUGACCUCCAUAAACCUAACAGUCUGUCUCCUAAUAAUUGGAAGUUCACUCAUCUCAGUUCUUUGUGACGUUCCAGCUCCAAUAAUAAAAUCUCUGAAGGUUAAUUGUGACAUAAAAUAUAAAUAUGCCACAACAUUGGUCUCAAGUCGUAUAUUAAAUCCAGCAAAUGUUUCUCAAGAGGUUCAUUUUACAGUAACACUGCCUCAAGAAGCAUUUAUAACUCGUUUUGUAAUGGUGAUCAAAGGAGAGCCAUAUGAAGCUUACAUUAAGGAAAAGGAGGAAGCUAAAAAAGAUUAUGAUGCAGCAGUCGGAGCUGGUCAAAGUGCUGGACAUAUUUUUCAAACUAGUUCCCGCUUUUCUAAAGACUUCACUGUAUCAGUGAACGUAGCAGCAGAGGAAAAAGCAGAAUUUAAUGUCACUUAUGAGGAGCUUUUAACGAGAAAGAAUGGAACAUAUAAAGCUGAAAUUAAUAUUGAACCUCAUCAGAUUGUCCCAAAUCUCUCAAUAGUUGUUAAUAUUGAGGAUGUUUUACCAAUAACACAUGUUAGAGUACCUCAAUUCAAGGUGUCAAAUGAGAUUGAUCAAAGCGAUGGAGAGAACCCAAAUGCUAAAAAAGAAGUAAUAUCUCCUAAUAAAGUAAGAGUGGAAUGGAAUCCUUCAAAAAAAGAACAAAAAGAACUGAAACCAGAAGGCUUGAAUGGACAAAUGAUUGUAGAGUAUGAUGUUGAUGUAUCCAACAAAACCCAACAAAUUUUGAUUGAUGAAGAUGGAUAUUUUAUUCAUAUUCUUAGGAAUGAUCUUCUGCCAGUAUUGAAGAAACAUGUUGUAUUUGUUCUUGAUGUUAGUGGGUCAAUGACUGGUACUAAAAUGGACCAAUUAAAACAAGCUAUGGAAAAGAUUUUAUCUGAUCUAUCUGAAAAAGAUUAUUUCACUAUUGUUUUAUUUUCUGAUUCAAUUAUUGCUUGGAAAGAAGAUGGUGUUGAUAUAAAUUCAUUAAACUAUUACUAUGGGUACGAUGGUGAGGAACGUAAGAGUAUUUCCGUGGGAGAAGAAAAUGUGAUUACAGCUACUAAAGACAAUAUAAAAAAUGCUAUUAAUUUCACGAAAAGUCUUGAAACUUAUGGAGGUACAAAUAUUAAUGGAGGAUUGCGAGUUGGUAUUGACAUAGCUAAAAUGGGUCAAAAGAAAUUCAAGAAUGAUGUUCACCCAGUCGAACCAAUGAUUAUAUUUUUGACUGAUGGAGAACCUAAUACUGAAGAGUCUGACCCUGACAAAAUCAUUGACAAUGUUGGCAAACGCAAUACAGAAAAGGUUACUAUAUUUUCACUUUGCUUUGGUUUUGACGCUGACCUCAACUUUUUGAAAAAGCUCUCAUUAGCGAACAAUGGAUUCUCAAGGAGAAUAUAUGAAGGUUCAGAUGCAGCUUUGCAGCUCAACAACUUUUAUAAAGAAGUUGCUUCCCCGGUUCUAUCAGAUGUCAAAUUUGAAUAUCUUCCUGAAAAGGUUGAAAAUACUACUGCUGAAACAAAAAAUCUAUUUUCUGGUUCAGAAAUUCUUGUUCUGGGAAAGGUGAAACCAAAUAGUACAGUUUCUGGAGUCCUCUCGGCUAUGACAGCAGAAGGCAGGAGAAUGUUACAAAUGCCAAUAGACUAUUUGUUUUUGCCUCCAAUAGAGCACAAGCCAAAUCAGACUAAAAUAGGUUAUUUAGAAAAAAUGUGGGCCUACAAAACAAUUAAGUCUCUUCUUGACCAAAACACUGUAUCUGAAAAUGAUACUUUAAAAGAAAAGGCAAAAGAACUAGCCCUGAAGUACAAGUUUGUUACUCCACUGACUUCACUGGUUGUGGUCAAACCAAAUGUAACCUCCGUGGUGGAUGAUAAUCAACAAGAUAACAAGUACCCAAGCUUUGGUGGGGGAUAUGCACCUGCAGGAGCAUCUGGGAUAGCCGUAGGUAUAACAAGGCCAGCAAUGAGACCUUCUGUUUUUGGUGGACCACAUCUGUCAUCACUGUCAUCAAGUUAUGCAGGUCCUAUGCCCCUUGGACCAAUGCCAGCACCAGAUAUGUUAAUGCCCGAAAGUAUGGCAGAAGAAAAUGUUUAUACCACCACAAUUUCCGGAAGUAUAACAGCAGAUAAUGCUUCCGUUAUUCCAUAUACGAAUGUGACAUGGCUCAACCAGACAAUUUCUGAUGAUGGUCUUUAUCUCCAGCCUCCUCCUGAAGUAGAUAUAAAUGAUGUCAUCGCAUUGAAUGAGACUGACGUUUCAACAUCAAGAUGCAGUAAUGGAAACCCUUGCCGUCAUUUUAUAUUCUGCUCAUUACACUCUUUCGCUGAUGACUUUCAAGAUUAUCUUCCAUACAAAUGCCAUAUUGAACCAAGGUUUCUUGGAGUAUGCUGCCCAAUUUGA